AUCAACAACAACCAAAAAAAAGUGUCUUCAUCUUCUUCUUCCUUCCUCGUCCUCACUUUAUUAUUAUUAUUAUUCCUGAAGAUCCGUGUUCUUUCAGCGUAUUUACACAGCUAAAUAAAACACACAGCGUCUCUUUUUUUUGGUUUAUCUUCAAAGAAUCAGACCGAUCUCUCUAUCUGCUCUCUCUGUUCCCUAAAGAGUUUGGUGAAUGCUUUUCUCAAGCUUCUGAAUAAUACAGUGACAAAUCCAAGGUGAAGAAGCGUUUGAAUUCCAAACCGGGAUUAUUAGAUUUGAGAGCUAAAGAGUUAAGAAAGAGAAGAGAUGGCAACACUAGGAGAUAUUGGAUUAGCAGCAACGAUUAACAUACUCACAGCCAUCAUCUUCCUUUUGGCAUUUGCAAUCUUGAGGAUUCAACCUUUCAACGACAGGGUUUAUUUCCCUAAAUGGUAUCUUAAAGGUAUUAGAAGCAGCCCUUUGCAUUCUGGUGCUCUUGUCAGCAAGUUUGUCAAUGUCAACUUAGGCUCUUACCUCCGUUUCUUGAACUGGAUGCCCGCUGCUCUUAAGAUGCCUGAGCCUGAGCUUAUUGACCAUGCUGGUUUGGAUUCUGCUGUCUACUUGAGGAUUUACUUGAUUGGGCUUAAGAUCUUUGUCCCCAUUGCUUUACUUGCGUGGUCGAUUCUUGUUCCUGUCAAUUGGACUAGUGAUGGUCUGCAACUAGCUAAGCUUCGUAAUGUAACAUCUAGUGAUAUUGAUAAGCUGUCGAUAUCGAAUAUCGAACGUGGUUCAGACAGGUUUUGGACUCACCUGGUGAUGGCUUACGCCUUUACAUUCUGGACUUGCUAUGUUCUAAUGAAAGAGUACGAGAAAGUAGCUGCUAUGCGUUUGGCAUUUCUCCAGAACGAGCAACGGCGACCUGAUCAGUUCACGGUUUUGGUUAGGAACGUACCAGCAGACCCAGACGAGUCCAUUAGUGAGUGUGUGGAACAUUUCUUUCUAGUUAACCAUCCAGACCAUUAUCUUACACAUCAGGUUGUGUAUAAUGCAAACGAUUUGGCAGCAUUAGUGGAGCAGAAGAAGAGCACGCAGAACUGGCUUGACUAUUACCAAUUGAAGUAUAUGAGGAACCAGGAACAAAGGCCAAAGAUAAAGACGGGUUUUCUCGGGCUAUGGGGCAAAAAUGUUGACGCAAUCGAUCAUUAUAUAGCUGAAAUCGAGAAAUUAAACGAGCAAAUAUCGGAGGAAAGGAAGAAAGUAAAGAAAGAUGACUCGAGCAUUAUGCCAGCAGCUUUUGUCUCUUUUAGAACACGGUGGGGUGCUGCGGUUUGUGCACAGACUCAACAGUCGAGUGAUCCGACCGAAUGGUUAACUGAAUGGGCUCCCGAGGCAAGAGAAGUGUUUUGGUCGAACCUCGCGAUACCUUAUGUCUCUUUGACAGUAAGAAGACUUAUAAUGCACAUUGCAUUCUUCUUCCUCACUUUCUUCUUCAUGAUUCCUAUAGCCUUUGUUCAAUCCUUAGCAAGCAUCGAAGGCAUCGAGAAACAUGCUCCGUUCCUCAAAUCCCUCGUCGAGAAGGACCUUGUUAAAUCGUUUAUCCAAGGUUUCCUACCGGGUAUUGUGUUAAAGCUCUUUCUAAUAUUUCUGCCAAGCAUUUUGAUGGUAAUGUCCAAGUUCGAAGGGUUUGNGAGUGGUCUUAGACAAAAACUUGAGAAAAGCUUGUCUCUUGUCUCUGAACUGUCUUAUGUUAUAUCGGAGGAAAGGAAGAAAGUAAAGAAAGAUGACUCGAGCAUUAUGCCAGCAGCUUUUGUCUCUUUUAGAACACGGUGGGGUGCUGCGGUUUGUGCACAGACUCAACAGUCGAGUGAUCCGACCGAAUGGUUAACUGAAUGGGCUCCCGAGGCAAGAGAAGUGUUUUGGUCGAACCUCGCGAUACCUUAUGUCUCUUUGACAAGAUUGUUGAGCUUAUGUAUUUGUUGCACUUGUCACUUGGAUAGGAUUCCUAGGACGGUUGGAGUAGCAAUACCGAUAAAAGCAACGUUUUUUAUCACAUAUAUAAUGGUGGACGGUUGGGCGGGUGUUGCAGGGGAGAUUCUGAGGCUGAAACCUCUCAUCUUUUUCCAUAUAAAGAACUUCUUCUUGGUGAAAACUGAAAAGGAUAGAGAAGAAGCAAUGAACCCUGGACAGAUCAAUUAUCAUGCGACAGAGCCUCGGAUUCAACUCUACUUCCUCCUCGGUCUUGUCUAUGCCCCUGUGACUCCUGUUCUACUCCCGUUCAUUAUAGUCUUCUUCGCAUUGGCCUACCUCGUAUUUCGUCAUCAGAUCAUAAAUGUGUACAAUCAGGAAUAUGAAAGCGGGGCUAGGUUCUGGCCCGAUGUCCAUGGACGUAUAAUAGCAGCAUUGAUAAUUUCGCAAGUCCUUUUGAUGGGACUACUGAGCACUAAAGGAGCCGCUCAGUCCACGCCAUUCCUCCUAGUCUUACCGAUCCUCACAUUUUUCUUUCACCGGUUCUGCAAAGGCCGGUAUGAACCAGCAUUCCUGCGUCACCCUUUGAAGGAAGCAAUGGUCAAAGAUACAUUGGAAAAAGCUAGAGAACCAAACUUUAAUCUGAAACCUUACCUUCAGAAAGCAUAUAUUCAUCCGGUUUUCAAAGACGACCACUAUGAAGACAGUCGGUUUGAUGAUAUGUCCAGUUAUUGCGGGGAGGAUUCGGAUGAUGAGUGUGUUACUGUGCCAACGAAACGUCAGUCACGGCUAAAUACUCCGGCGGCUAGCCAUGUUAGCCGCGGUUCCUCGCGUUCACCACCGUGAAAGUGAUAAAAGAGACUCCCAUUGAUUCACUUAAGCCAGGCUUGGGUUUAUUAUACCUUUACACAGUAUAUAAAGAAAUUGGAAGUAACAUGUGGGGAAUUUUUUUUGUUUCUAUUAGUUUUUUUUUUGUUUUUUUGUUUAGUCAGAUUUUGUAUAUGAUGAGAAUAUUUUUGGUUCUGACUUUUGAGUACGUUUUACAUUAAAUAUUUUUAAAAUAAAAUAUAUAUAGUUUUCUGAAA